AUGGAUAACAAAAGUACUUGUGUAUCGAUAGGCAAGUUCCCUCUCGACUAUACAGAGGAGCAGAUUCUAGAGAUAGCGCGGUCUGUGGGACCUGUGCUCGAUGUGAAACUUUUAUUUGACGAAAUGACUGGUAAAUCCAAAGGGUAUGCUAUAAUAAAUUAUGGAGAUGUUGAAACUGCAGGUUCAGCGGUACGAAAUUUAAACUAUAUGACGUUACCAAACGGACGGUUCCUCAAAUGUUCAAUGGCCAACGAGUCGGAGUUUGUGAAUGGCGAUGGUGAUGGUGAUGCUAAUGGAACAACCUCUGGCACAACAGCAGCGGCAAUUAAGCUACCACCAUUACCGCUUGGAAUUCAAAUUCAUCCAAACCAGAAUGCCUCUCAAGUGAUCUCGCUGCUAUUGUCCAAUAUAGACUCUAACUCAGCGAUGCAGAUACUAAAAGAGAUCAAGACCAUGAGUAUAGAGAACCCCAAGGCUGCACAAUUGCUACUAGAACGGUUUCCGCAAUUGGCUUUGGCGCUAGUUGAGCUUGGCCUUAUGUCGAAUACAACCAAUCAAGAGUUGAUUGAGAUGACGCUUAACAAGAGGCGACUAGAAUUGAAAGAGUUGUCUAUUGAGCAUGUUAAUUUGUUGAAAUCUGUAUAUGAAUUAACGGAUGACCAAAUAUCAGAGUUGGACGAAGAUCAGCUGGAAAUUGUUAAUAGUGUACGAAAGGAGAUUGAAAAAGGGUCGUACGGUGAAAUUUUGGAUAGUCAAACCUCUUAA